AUGAGCUCUGAUUUGGAAACGAGCGUCGCAGACUCUUCCAAGCUCUACUUGGCAGCGGAUACCGACGCGGAUGAUGCUAGUAGUAUGUUUUCGAUGGAUUCGGGCUAUUUGAUGGACCUUGCAGACGCUUCCGAAGACACGGAAACAGUUUUGCCGAAAACCGACUUCCAUUCCCCAUACUACGUGAACGUGCCGACGCCUAGCCAGUCGGCUCUGUCUUCGAAUUAUUCGGACUCGACCAUAGAGCUGGCCACUGGAUUCGUCCGGGAAUAUCCCACGGACAUUCUGCUGGACAGAUUCACGAAAUGGCGCAAAAUCCUCAAGGGCCUCGCCAACUACCUGCGUGAAGUGGCGUUCGCCCAGGAGCGGUUUGCACGGAUUAACUACGGGCUCAGGGCUGACGUCAAGUUCUCGUUUCUCACCGAUCUGGAAGACUCGACAAACCGCAUCAUAGAUCCGUUUCAGCAACGGGCCAAGAAGCCUGGCACGGCCCAGCCUGCGCCUUCUAAUAACCUGCGAACCCCUGAAGAGGAACCCAGCCACCGAAGGUCUUCGUCAAAUACAUCGGGUCCAGACUGGAAGGCCAAUGUACCGGUGGCUCCGGGAGACGAGUCGUCUGCGUCUUCCGGCUUUAUGAAGUUUGGCUCAGGCUCUAUUGAAGAUAUCCAAGUUAUUUUGAAAAAAUACCACUCUUCUCUAGGGAAUCAGCAAAUCAAAAUGUCCAAGGAACUGAGUACUGUGGUUGUUCCAAAACUCGACGACCUACGUAAAGAUUUGCAACUCAAGAUCAAAGAAAUCAAAGAGCUUCACAACGAUUUCAAGACCAAUAUUGGCGAACACAUUGCUCUAACAGGCCAGUUAUUACAGAAGUACAUGGCUGCUGUUAAGUUUAUGUCCACCCAAGUUGACGAUCAAAAGUUGCUCAAAUUCAAAGGUCAUAACCUUAAGCCAAAGCAUGACCCUUAUUUGCUGAAAUUGCAACUGGACCUUCAGCUAAAGCGCCAGCUUUUGGAGGAAAAUUAUCUACAAGAGGCAUAUAUCAAUUUGCAGUCGUCUGGUAUGGAACUUGAGAAAAUCAUAUACGGGGAAAUCCAGCAAACUUUACAACGCUACUCAGCUCUCGUAAGCACUACUGCUCGCAUUUCCAUCAGCAACUUGUGCAAUGAAUUGCAUCAGGGCUUGCUGAGCAAGCCUCCGGCCACAGAGUGGGACCAUUUUGUGGCCCACCACCCGAAAUGUUUGGUAAACUGGAAGUCUACCGAGCCAAUACCACAGCCGCGAAAAUUAUCUGACAUCAGAUAUCCAAAGAUGAAAUCAUCGUUGGCCAAGUGCAUCAAAGCUGGCUACUUGUUGAAAAAGUCGCAAAUCCUCAAGAACUACAACAAAGGCUAUUUUGUAUUAACCAGUAACUACUUACACGAAUUCAAGUCCAGCAAUUUCUUCAAACUCUCCCAGGAGGUGUCCGAAAAGAAAGAUCAUGGUGAGGUACAGACAGGUAAUAAAAAGAGAGCCAUGGUUCCAGUGGCCAGCCUUCACCUGAAUAGUGCUAACGUUGUGGACGUUGGGGAACAAAAAUUUAGUAUACGCGGCAUUGUCAGCUCGAGCAACUUCGACAAAAAAUCUGCUGAAACAGGCAAGAUCAUUUCGAAGUCUACCUCCUCCAUUCAGAAGUUCUUGAAGUCGAGUGCAAAAUCACCUCAGAAUAAGAAGGACGGCGGUCAUCAUUCCAUAUCUGGACCAAGUGGGCCCGGGUCGGGUUCUACCGAAGAGUCUGAGGAUGUCGCCAUUUGCGUGUUCAAGGUCGCUGGAAAUAGCAAUCAUCCUGAUGAGGGAAAAGAUUUGAGAAAAUGGGUCACUGAACUCAAAAACUUGACGAACUUCGAUAACGCCACUGAUAGAGCUAAAUUCAUUGAAGAAAAGAUUUUGCGUGCCCAUAGCCGUGCCAGUUCGUUAAAUCUCAUGAAGACGAACACAGGCUCCAAGUCCUCUCAUGCUAGCAACAUACAAAGUUUCAAAAAACCUCAAUAUAUCCACUUGGGAACCAAUGAACUUCACGAUCCAAUGCUCGCUAGGGCGAAGAUCAAUACCCCGGCUAUCGAUGACAAUGGCAAUUUGAUAACAGCUGGGGAGGGCCGUAGUUCUUCUGUGAAGAGUCUCCCAGAGUAUUCAUCUCCGGCACCUUCGCCGGGUCCUGGGUUUGCACCAGCGCCGAGCCCGGGCCCCGCAGGACAAGUUUUAUCACCUUCUGCUAAACAAGGAUUUGUUAUUACAAGCAACGGCAUGACCCCUAUCAGCAAAACGCCUGGACAGACCUCAAGGAGAACUGCCGGUCAAACUUCAAGCAGGGCGAGCUCGGAUGGUUCUGGAAAACAACCGCUCACUUCUCCUAGCAGCCAUAUUUCUGGUGGCAGUGGAGGUGGAUAUUUUGCCAUACCCGUGCACCCAAGCUCCCAAGCAUCAACGCCAGGCUUGGAACCUGUGCCAGACAGCACAGUCCAAUCACAAGGUGCAGCUCCUGUACUACCUCAUGUCAAGCUAAAUGAUCGUGCUUUCAAUAGCGAAGAGCAGGACAGACAACACCUCCCUAGUGAAGCGGUAGCUGAGCGCAAUGUCUCAGGCUCAAAAGUAUCUGAAGGAGGUCCCAUAAACAGAGGUGCUCCUGUUCACAACUUACGGAGAAACAUCAGCACAGGGAACAUGGACAAUGUUGCGGGUGAAUCCCCGCACAGCGUAUAUCAGAACCCGAAAUACGUGAGUAGUUCCCAGAGCCUCCUUUCUGGCAGUGCACAGCAUGCCAGAAAACACAAGAAAAAUGUGUCUUUCGGCUCUCUGAACAGCCUGUUGUUUUCUAAGAAAGCUGGUGAUAUUGAUAAUAACAACAUGACAGACUACUUCAUGUCUGGAAACAGAAUUGAAGAGGACCACGAUGGAGGCGCCUCGCUGAACGUCAAUCACUCAUUGUACAAGAGUAGGACCAGAAGCCCUUGA